ACCCACAUUCACACUUAUACAUACAGCUCUGUGUUGUACGCGUUUUGAGAGUGAGUGACAGAGAGAGGCAGAGAGAGUGUGUUCUUCUGUGUAGAGAGAGAGAGAUCGUCGUAGAGUUCGACAAUGGAGGGCGAGGAAGUGAGCAACAAACAGAUAAUUCUGAACGACUACGUGAUUGGAUUUCCCAAAGAGUCGGACAUGAUUGUCAAGACGAGUACUAUCAAAUUGAAGGUUCCAGAAGGUUCGAAUGCUGUUCUGGUCAAGAAUCUCUACCUUUCUUGCGAUCCCUUCAUGCGACCUCGCAUGAAGAAGAUGGAAGGGAGCUACGCUGAGUCCUUCACUCCUGGUUCUCCUAUAACUGGAUAUGGAGUGGCCAAAGUUGUGGAUUCUGGGCAUCCAAACUUCAAAAAAGGUGACUUGGUUUGGGGAGUAACUGGAUGGGAAGAGUACAGUUUCAUUACAGCUCCAGUGGCUUUUUUCAAAAUUGGACAUACAGAUGUGCCACUUUCCUACUAUACAGGAAUUCUCGGAAUGCCUGGCAUGACUGCUUAUGUUGGAUUUUAUGAACUUUGCUCUCCUAAGAAAGGAGAGUAUGUCUUCAUUUCAGCAGCAUCUGGAGCAGUUGGCCAGCUCGUUGGGCAGUUCGCCAAAUUGAUGGGCUGCUAUGUUGUUGGAAGUGCUGGAACCAAAGAAAAGGUCUGUCUCCCUGGAAGUGUUCACUGUGUCAAUUUAUUGGUGAAUACUCGUUAG